GCGAGCGCUCUGACCAUGGUCCCCAAGGUAGCAGCGCGCGAGGAACCGCUUCUCCCCGCCUCGGAGGGCUACGUGGAGUACCCAGCGGCGCGGCGGCAGGCGCUGCCGCGCUGGAUCACCGUCGCCGGCGCCGGCAUGGGCGUCGCCACGCUCCUCCUCCUCAUCUCGGCAGCGUCCCAGCACAGCGCUCCGACGUCUUCUUCGUCGGUCAUGCCGUCGGCGGCCGCGGCCGGCGCGGCGUCGGGGGCGGUGCUCUCGGGCGUCCUGGACCUGCCGGCGCAGCAGCAGCCGCAGACGCACCUCCUCGCGGCGCAGUCGGCGCGGGAGGAGCCGGCGGCUGCGCGGAAGAAGGGCGUGCACGCGGUCCGGUUGAGCAAGGUUGAGCGGACGGCGCGGCAGCACGCGCUGGAGCUGAACGACGAGACCUCGCAGGGGCUGUUUGCCCUCGGCGGAGCCACCACCAACCUCAUCGCGGCGGAUGGCGACGCGGGGACGGCGACAGUUGAGCUGAAGGACUUCCAAGAUGCGCAGUACUACGGCGAGAUUUCGAUUGGCACUCCGCCCCAGACCUUCUCCGUCGUCUUCGACACCGGGUCGGCAAACCUCUGGGUGCCCUCGUCGCGCUGCAAGGGCUUCAACCUCGCGUGCUUCCUCCACCGCCGCUACGCAAGCGACAAGUCGGACACCUUUGUGCGCGAUGGCACGCCCUUCGCAAUCAAGUACGGGUCCGGCUCGAUGUCCGGCUUCAUCUCGCACGACAAGAUCAGCGUCGGGUCGCUCACUCUCAAGAACGCCUCCUUCGCCGAGGCCGUCACCGAGCCCGGCGCCGCGUUUGUUCUCUCAAAGUUCGACGGCAUCCUCGGCCUCGCAUACCCGUCGCUCUCGGUCCACUGCCUCACGCCGGUGAUGCAGGAGCUGAUCAAGCAAGGCCAGCUCGCGGCGCCGCUCUUCUCCUUUUGGAUGAGCAAGGACCCGAAGCAGACGCCGGGCGGCAUGCUCUUCCUGGGCGGCGUCGACGACUCCUACUACACCGGCGACCUGCACUGCCUCCCCAUCACACGCAAGGGCUACUGGCAGUUCGACCUCGACGCAGUGUCGGUCGGCGGAAGCGACGUCCUCACAAAGGGCUCCGCCAUCGCCGACACGGGCACCUCGCUCAUCGUCGGCCCCACCGAGCAGCUGAAGAAGGUGAUUGGCAAGCUGGGCCUCGCGGACGCGCAGGCGGGGAUGGGCGGGCAGUACUCGAUUCCGUGCGACAAGAAGGGGGAGCUGCCCACGCUCUCGUUCACCUUGGGCGGCAAGACCUUUAGCCUCGAGUCGGCCGAGUACGUGCUGGAGAUGGAGCUGCUCGGCAAGAAGAUGUGCACCCUCGGGCUGAUGCCGAUGGACGUACCAAAGCCGGCUGGCCCGCUCUGGAUCCUCGGCGACGUCUUCCUCUCAAAGUACUUCUCGGUCUACGACUUUGGCAACGACCGCGUCGGCUUCGCCGAGGCGGUGGCGACGGCGCCGUAAGGAGCUGGAGCCUGCCGCCUUCCCGCGCCGCCGGUUCCGCCGGCCGGCAGUGGCGGCAGUGCUCGGCGCGGCGGGCGGACGCUCCUCUUCUCGCGGUGGACGUGUUGUGCGUGUGUGUGCGCGCCGCUGUGGGGGCGUCUCGCCACCGGAGCAGGCGGCGGGCAGGGGGGGCUGUCUGCAGCGUGGUCUCCGUCUCGACCCAGGGGCGUGCCCGAGGCGGCGGCAGUGCUGCGUCGCCGUGCGUGUCGUUGCGUGACUGCCCGUGCACCGUGAUGCCGUGACGAGGCGGCAUCACGCGGGAGUGUCGAUGCGAGCGGAGGUUGCUAGAGGGAGGUUGCCCCGCAGUGGCAAACCUUGCAACCCCGCCUCUUCUUUGCGUGAGUGUGCCGCGCGCGUGCCAUACCACUUACCAGCUGUGCCGUGCUUUCAUUUAUAUGUUCUCAGCAACGC